UCAUGUCAUCAUCGAAUAAUCCUUGGUCCUCAUCUCGGGAUGAUGGUGAAAGUUCCAAGCUUCUCAGAAAGUCGAAGGAAUCGCCAUUUAUUCCAUUUGGUAUUGCGGGCUGUCUUGCUAUCGUGGCAUUGGGCUUUCACCAGCUGCGCCGAACAAAGCAGAAGAUGUCAGUGCAUCUGAUCCACAUGAGGGUGGCUGCACAGGGCUUUCUGGUGGGAGCAAUAACACUGGGUGUUGUCUACUCUAUGUACAAUGAUCACAUCAGGAAGCCUCGGCAAGAAAAGUGA